AUGUUCAGAAAUCUAUCUAUCUAUCUAUCUAUCACAAUCGUACUAUCUAUCUAUUUUUUAUCUAUCUAUCUAUCUAUCUAUCUAUCUAUCUGUAAGUAUAUCUAUCUAUCUAUCUAUCUACGUACUUAUCUAUCUAUCUAUCUAUCUAUCUAUCUAUCUAUCUAUCUAUCUCGGUCUUUUCCUAUCUAUCUAUUCCAGUCUUUUUUCCUAUCUAUCUAUCUAUCUAUCUAUCUAUCUAUCUAUCACGGUCUAUUUAUAUCUAUCACAAUCUCUCUCUCUCUCUCUCUCUCUCUCUCUCUCUCUCUAUCUUCUGUUCUUAUCUAUCUAUCUAUCUAUCUAUCUAUCUAUCUAUCUAUCUAUCUCAGUCUUUUCCUAUCUAUCUAUUUCCUUCUUUUCCUGACUUCCUUCCUAUGUAUAUAUGUAUCUAUCUAUCGGUCUCUCUCUCUCUCUCUCUCUUCUUUUUCCUAUCUAUCUAUCUAUCUAUCUAUCUAUCUAUCUAUCUAUCUAUCUAUCGCGGUCUAUUUAUAUCUAUCUAUCACAUCUGUUCUUAUCUAUCUAUCUAUCUAUCUAUCUAUCUAUCUAUUUAUCUCAGUCUUUUCCUAUCUAUCGAUUUCCGUCUUUUCCUUACUUCCUUCCUAUGUAUUCUUUUCCUAUCUAUCUAUCUAUCUCUCUAUCUAUCACGGUCUUUAA